UUAUGUUGAAGCUUUCGUCUCAGAAAACGUCAGGCAAUUUUUCCAAUAAGAAAGCAGUAAAGAUCGUACAUAAAAUAAUUGGAAGCAGCUAUUGGGGCUCAUUGUUCGCCCGCGCUGCUCAUUAUUAAGUUGCAAUCGAUUGUGUGCGGAAGCGGGCUUCGAGUGAUCAUGUGCAUUUAGUUCCGUUAGUUGUGUGUCAUUAUUCUUCGAUCGCGAGAUUGUUUUGAUAAAGUACUCUGAGAUCGUGUCAUAAGAUGUUACUUUGUUAGACCGACGUAUACAGACGUGCUAUCGAGUCAGUUCACGCUCGGCUUAGUCAUCAAUAGUAUCGAAUCAACUAUUUGAUAGUAAUAGGAAAGUUUUCACGUACUUAUCAACAAUCAUCAUGGAAAAAGCUAAUCACGUCGCUUGUCAACCUACGGACAGCUGGAUCGUAUACGAUGCAAUCCACGGUCGAGUCAGUUAUCCUUCGUAUGUGCGGCAGGUUGUCGAUACCGCUGAGUUCCAGCGACUGCGUGGCCUAAAACAGGUGGGGCCGAGUUCGAGAGUGUUUCCUUGCGCGACCCAUACCCGUUUCGAGCACUGUCUUGGGGUUUGCUUCCUAGCUAGGAGAUUGCUGGAAACGUUAGAAAAAAACUCAGGUGUACUAAUUAGUGAUAUUCAUCGGAAGUGUGUUACUUUGGCAGCUUUACUGCACGAUGUUGGACAUGGGCCUUUUUCGCACAUGUGGGAGGAUUUCGUACAUCUCGGCGAGGAUAAAGACUGGACACAUGAACAAACAUCCUGUGAUAUGGCCCGCCAUUUAUUUGCCGCCAAUGAUAUUCAGUUGUCCCAGGAAUCUUAUGAGCAUUUCUAUGCAGAACAGUUAAUAUGUGCGCUUAUAACCGGUAAUCAGAAAGCACUGAAAACGUUGCUUACUCCGGAUACUAUGUUUCUAUCGGAAAUCGUUCAUAACAAACAGUACAAAAUCGAUGUUGAUAAGUGGGACUAUUUGCUGCGCGAUUUGUACUAUUUCAACGGCGUCGUUCAGAUCGACAAAGCUUUCGUCCAACUGUUUGAUUAUGCUCGGGUGGUCCAUGAUAAGACGAAUGUGUCGCACAUUGCCUAUCGGGCUACCGAUUACCGAUGGAUAGUGGAACUGUUUGAGGCUCGAACUAAACUACACAUAGAGUGCUAUCAGAAUUUAACCGUUCUUGGAAUAGAGAAGCUAUUGAUUGACGCAUUUCGACUGGCUGAGGAAAGCGGAUUCCGGCUGAAAGGCGACAAAAUUUCUCAAGUUCAUCGUUCUCCAGAAAUCUUUUUGUAUUUGGACGACAGUAUUAUCAGUCUGAUUGAAAACAGUGACAAUCCGAAACUCAAAGAAGCUCAGCAUCUGUUGGUUCGUUUACGACGACGGCAAGUGUACACUCGCAUUCACGUUUCAAAUGAAACAUGUGAUAUCGAACAUCUCAAUGAGCGGUUUGGAGAAGAUUUGUUCUUCCAGGUGCACAAACGAAUACCGUAUGCGAGUGAAAUGGCACCACGCGAUGUACCGCUCUACGACGAACGUGGCCAAUUGAUCGAUAACCAACCAGUGGUUGCUAGUAUUAUGAAUAGUCUCAGCAAUCACGGUUUCUAUGAGCAAUACAUCGUGUAUUGCAAGACAACCUCGAAAGAUAUUAUCAACAGCGCACGGCAGUACCUCCAAAGAUUACCGACAGUGUCGAUUAUUGAACGCGAUUGUUCGUGAAUGUUUUUAAAUGUAUUUCUAGGUGUUGUUUUACAUUGUGAGCUCAAGUUGUUUUGUUAUUUUUUGGAAUAAGCUUUGAUUAAAUAUCCAGAAUAUUUUACUUUAUCGUGUUAAAGAGCGGUUCCGUGUGUUCUUCUUUUGUUCUUUGAUAUUACUUUUGUCGAACAACCAAAGCUAGUUUACAUCAGUUUUAAAACGUUUUAUUUCGGUUUCAUAGUAUAAAAGGAGGCAAUGAGAUAGUAAUUAACGCACAGCAAUAAAUGGAUAGUAUUGUGUA